AUGGGCAACGAAGCGAGCCUGGAGGGAGGAGAAGCGCUGGCCGGGCUGCCCGAAGGGGUGGCGGCUGCCGCAGCCGGGGAUGGCGGAGGGCAAGGGCUGGCAGCCGGCGUGGAGGCGGAUCUGAGCCAGCUCAGCGAGGAGGAGAGGAGACAGAUCGCCGCUGUCAUGUCAAGGGCGCAGGGGCUGCCCAAAGGAAACCUCCCCGGCACGACCAGCGCGGAGCCGCCUCCCAUGCAAAGACAUCCUGAGCUUGAUAUAAACCACUAUGCAAGACAGCCAGGUAAGUCUCCAUCCAGUUUAAGCAAAAGCAGAACAGUAGAUGUGUUGAAGACAGAACAACGGUCACCUGGAAGGAGCCCUUCUUCCACUAGUCUGAGAGAAUCUAAAUCCAGGACUGAUUUUAAAGAAGAUCAGAAGCCAAGUAUGAUGCCUAGCUUCCUCUCUGAGGCCAAUCCAUUAAGUGCAGUCACUUCAGUCGUAAACAAGUUCAAUCCUUUUGAUUUGAUAUCGGACUCAGAUGCAGCCCAGGAAGAAGCCAACAGGAAACAAAAAGCAGUUCAGAAGGACCAGAGAAAGCCUGAGGAGCAAAAGGGACAUGCAAAGCAUCCAACUCAGCAACAACCUCCAAAGCCAACAGUUCAGCAAAAAGAGCCUGUCAAAUCUGCACCCCAGCAAGCAGGGCCUUCCAAACUGCCACCCCAACAGCAGCAACCAGGGGCAGCUAAGCAAGCUCCGAAACCUGGGCCUGGUCAGCCAACAGGCCCUCCAUCAGAACAAGCAAAACAACCAUCUCAACAACGAGGGCCACAGAGAACUCAGCCCCAGCAAUCAGAACCCACAAAGCAGGUACCUCAACAACAGAGUCCUGCAAAACCUUCACCACAGCAACCGGGCCCAACCAAAACAUUACCACAGCUACCAGAUGCUGCUAGAGCACCAUCCCACGCACCAGCUCCCGCAAAGCCAUCAGCACAGCAGCCAGGUCCUACAAAACAACCUUCUCAGCAACCAGGACAGCAAGCAGGUCCUGCAAAGCCAUCCCCUCAGCAAGCAGGACCUGCUAAACAACCAUCUCAGCAGCCAGGGCCUGCAAAACCAUCUCCUCAGCCAGCAGGGCCUGCAAAGCUACCGUCACAACAACCAGGACCUACAAAACUAUCAGGCCAGCAACCAGGGCCUGGUAAACCUUCACAGCAACAAGUAACUGCAGCCAGACCUGGUGAAUCAGCCCCAAAGAAAACUUUCUGUCCUCUUUGCACUAGCACUGAACUGCUGCUGCACACUCCAGAACAGGCCAAUUACAAUACAUGCACACAGUGUCAAACCGUGGUCUGCAGCCUGUGUGGCUUUAAUCCCAAUCCGCAUAUAACAGAGGUUAAAGAAUGGCUCUGUUUAAACUGCCAGAUGCAAAGAGCACUAGGUGGUGAUUUAGCUUCAGUUCAUGGUCCUGUGCCACAGCCUCUUCCGCCCAAACAGAAGACAACCUUUCCACCUUUAACAACCAAACCACCCUCCCAGCCCCAGCAGCCUACUCAAAAGAAAGAUAUUUCUCAAACACCUGCUCCUUCCCAACACCCAGAGCCUAAAAAGCCCCCACCACUGACAAAGCAACCAUCCAUGCCUGGCUCUCCCCCUGUGAAAUCAAAGCAGCCACCCACUGAGCCUGUUACCCCGCACAUCUCUCAGCAAAUUGAACCCACUCCAAAAUUUGGCCAGAUCAAGCCAACUUUGGUUGAAGAUAAGCAAAAGAAGCCCACAACUGACGGUGUGCCUACCUCUUCAGCAUCCGGUCUGAAACAGGAUUCACAAGGUCCCAAAGCUCCAUCAACUCAACAGAAAGCAAUGGAACCUCAGAGAUCAGAACAUGCCAAGCUAUUUCAGGACACCCAUCUGGCUGGGAAUAAAGCUGUCCUGCCAGAUUCCAAAACCUUACCACAGGUGUCACGGCAAAAGUCAGAUCCUAAAUUUGUUUCUCACCCUGGAUCAGACACUAAAGGUCAAAAAGCUGUUGAGCCAACACAAAUGAAAGAAGACCCUAAGAAGACACAAAUAAAAGUAACCCCAAAACCUGAUGCCAAGCAGGUUCCAAAAGGACAACAAGCAGCUGUAGGCCCAAAGCCUACCCCAGUGCAGCCAACACCUCACCCUCAACAGCCUCAGAGAGCUCAAGAGCAACCAAGGCGUUUCAGUCUAAAUCUGGGAGGUAUUACUGACGGCCCUAAACCACAGCCUACAACUCCACAAGAAACAGUUACUGGGAAACUCUUUGGAUUUGGCGCUUCAAUCUUUAGCCAGGCUUCAAAUUUAAUCUCCACAUCAGGCCAACAAGGAGCUCAAUCCUCGGGCCCUCUACUGGGGCCUGCUACUAAGCAACCCCCUCUGCCAUCUCAGGUACCACCCAAAGAGGCCAGUCAGGCUCAGCCAUCUCCAAAAGCAGCACCUGUGAAAAAAGAAGCCAAGCCUCCUGUGGCAGAAAAAUCACAGCCACCCAAGUCAGAUAACAUUGUAACCGUUAAAGGAUCUGAAUUAGAAAAGAAACCUAUUGCUGCUAAAGACAGCAAGUCUCAAAUUGCUGAAUCUAAAAAAACUGCUGGGCCACCGGGACUGGAAAAAACUACUCUACCUAAAUCAACUUGUACUCUUUGUAAAACUGGACUAAACAUUGGUUCUAAGGAUCCUCCCAACUUUAAUACAUGUACAGAAUGCAAGACUAUUGUGUGCAAUCUCUGUGGAUUUAACCCGAUGCCGCACAUAGUUGAGGUACAAGAAUGGCUGUGCUUAAACUGCCAGAGACAAAGAGCAAUAUCAGGACAACUUGGGGAUAUGGGCAAAAUGCCACCUCCAAUGGCAGCCCCUUCACAAUCAGUAUCCAAACCAUCUGUUGUUCCUCAGAGCCAGCCUAUGCCAACCGAGUCAGAUCACCCUCAGAAAACUGCAGCACUGCCUACCCAAAUAGUGGAAAAAUCAAAAGAAGAACCAGGAAUUCAGAAGAAAGUUCCAAAGCUUCCGCAGGGGAAAUUGGCAAAGACUCUUUCAGCUGAUAAAAUUCAGCAGGGGAUUCAGAAGGAAGAUCCAAAACUUCAACAGGGGAAAUUGGCAAAGACGCUUUCAGCUGAUAAAAUCCACCAGGGGAUUCCGAAGGAAGAUCCAAAAUUCCAGCUGGGGAAACUGGUUAAGAUACCAUCAGCUGAUAAAAUCCAGCAAGGAAUUCAGAAGGAAGCUCCAAAAAUUCAGCAGGGGAAACUGGCAAGGAAACCCUCAGCUGAUAAAAUUCACCAAGGAAUACAGAAGGACGAUCCAAAACAUCAACAGGGGAAACUGGCAAAGACGGCGUCAGUGGAUAAAAUUCCUCCGGAGAUAAGUUCAGAUGUAAAGCAACUUAUAAGCAAAUUGGAAGAAGACAAAAAAUGUGUACUCCCAGAAGAGAAACCAUUCCUCCCAGAGGGCAAAAAAGAGGACGUCAAAGUUGAGACUAAAGGACAAGGUAUCAAGGAGAAGUUAGAAGCCAAAGUACCUCCUGAGGAAUUGCAGGUUAAGAAACAAGAGGAGAUUAAGAAGGAAGAUUUGGCCACUGGGAUUCCACAAAUGGUAUCCAAACAUGAAAAAAUCCAGAAAGAAGAAACCCUAGCUCAAGUAGCACCUUUGCCAAGACCUGAUCAUGUGGAAACAGUGAAAGAAAAAACAGAGCAGGAGGUUGACAAAUCAGACACAUCAAUCUCUCAGCAACAGAGAAGUCCACAAGGUCUGAGUGACACUGGGUAUUCUUCUGAUGGGAUAUCAAGUUCACUUGGUGAAAUUCCAAGUCUUAUCCCCAGUGAUGAAAAAGAUUUACUCAAGGAACUUUCUAAAAAAGACACUUUUUCGCGAGAAGGCAGUCCUUCAAGCCCCUCAGAUCUUGCCAAGUUGGAAAGUACCGUUCUAUCAAUUUUGGAAGCUCAGGCAAGUACACUUGCUGAGGAAGAGUCUGGGAAGACCAAAGAUCUUUAUGGUAUAUAUGGCGAACAGACAAAAGAUCCACAUAGAACAAAGCCUUUGCCAAUGACUCCAGAACCUUACAGUUCAGAUGAGGAGGAUCUGGAAGACAUUCAAGAAGAAGAUGAAGAAGGUCUUGAAGAAGAUGGAAAACAAAGUGUUCCAACUCAGAAAGACUAUAAGGAAAAGACGGAUGCAGUAGAUGAUAUAUCAACAAGAAGGCAACGCUAUGAUUCUGUAGAAGACAGCAGUGAGAGUGAAAAUUCUCCUGUCCCAAGAAGAAAAAGACGAACUAGUGUUGGCUCUUCAAGUAGCGAUGAGUACAAACGAGAAGACAGUCUAGGAUCAGGUGAUGAUGAAGACUUCAUUCGAAAACAGAUUAUAGAAAUGAGUGCUGAUGAAGAUGCCUCAGCUUCUGAAGAUGAUGAAUUCAUUAGGAACCAGCUUAAAGAAAUCAGUGUAAUUGAAAGCCAAAAGAAGGAAGAAGCGAAAAUCAAAGCUAAAGGGACAGCUGGAAAACAUAGAAGGAUGAUGCGGAAAAGUAGCACAAGCUAUGAUGAGGAUGCUGGAAGACGUCACUCAUGGCACGAUGAUGAUGAUGAUGAUGAUGAUGAUGAUGAAACUUUUGAUGAAAGCCCAGAACCAAAAUAUAGGGAAACCAAAAGUCAAGACAGUGAAGAACUCACUGUAACUGGAGGAGGUGGAGGCCUUAGACGUUUCAAAACAAUAGAACUCAACAGCACAAUAACAAAUACAUAUUCUGAGGAAUCUGAACCACAGAAGGGUAGCUUAUAUUUUGAUGAAGAGCCAGAGCUAGAGAUGGAGAGUCUUACAGAUUCACCAGAAGACAGAUCCAGGGGAGAAGGGUCUUCUAGUUUGCAUGCCUCCAGUUUUACUCCAGGUACAUCUCCCACAUCUGUGUCAUCUCUCGAUGAAGAUAGUGACAGCAGUCCUAGUCACAAAAAAAUGGGAGGAGAAGGCAAACAGCAGCGCAAAGCCAGACACCGGUCACACGGUCCUCUUCUUCCCACCAUUGAAGACUCUUCAGAAGAAGAGGAGCUAAGGGAGGAAGAAGAGCUGCUAAAGGAACAAGAGAAACAACGUGAAUUAGAACAGCAGCAAAGAAAGAGUUCUAGCAAAAAAUCUAAGAAAGACAAAGAUGAACUAAGAGCACAGAGAAGACGGGAACGUCCAAAGACCCCACCAAGUAAUCUUUCUCCUAUUGAAGAUGCAUCUCCAACAGAAGAGUUACGACAGGCAGCAGAAAUGGAGGAGCUGCACCGGUCUUCCUGUUCUGAAUAUUCACCAAGUAUUGAGUCAGAUCCUGAAGGAUUUGAAAUCAGUCCAGAAAAAAUAAUAGAAGUGCAAAAGGUUUAUAAGUUGCCUACAGCUGUCUCUUUAUAUUCUCCAACAGAUGAACAACCUGUUGGGGUCCUAAAAGAAGAAAGUAGUCAAAAAACAUUAAAAAGUGCUGAAGAGGUAUAUGAGGAAAUGAUGCACAAAUCCCAUAAAUCCAAACUAUUUCAAAGUGCAAAUGAAAAAGAAGUGUUUGAAAAAGACUCUUUAUAUGGUGGCAUGUUAAUAGAGGAUUAUAUUUAUGAAUCUUUAGUAGAGGACACAUAUAAUGGAACUAUUGAUGCUAAUCUUGUAAUGAGACAAGAUGAAAGUAGUGAAUUUAUUCAGCAGAGAGGGAGAGAGAAAAAAAUAAAACCUCCAGAUCAGAUUUAUGAAGAAACUAUGCACAAAAUUGUAGAUCGACAGAGAGACUAUUACAGUGUAGAGCCUUUGCAUUCAAUUGUGCCUCAAGAAGACAUUGUGUCUAGUUCUUACAUUAUACCAGAAAGUCAUGAGAUAGUUGUACUUGACAGUGUUGUAACUUCCACCACUGAGGAAAAGCAGUUGUUAGAUGCAGAUGCUGCUUAUGAGGAGCUUAUGAAACGACAAAGAAUGCAGCUAACGCCAGGCUCCAGUCCAACUCAGCCGACAUCUGAUUUAAUUCCUGCGCCAGAUACAAACGUAUUUAUAGUUGGAGAUAUAGGGGAUGGUGAAUCUUUAGCUUCAAGUGCUCCUCUGACAGUUUCAGAUACAGCUUCAGUCAGCAGCACAGUGCUUUCUAUUCCAGAUGUUAAAAUAACUCAGCACUUUACUACAGAAGAAAUAGAAGAUGAAUACCUAACAGAUUAUGCCAGAGAAGUUCAGGAAAUCAUUUCUCACGAAACGUCAAUGUUGACCUACUCUGAGGCAUCAGAAAGUGUGACAUCAGUUUUACCUUACGAUACACCUUCUCUUACAUCAUCUACAUCUUCAAUUUGUACCACUGAUAGCUCAUCACCUAUUACUGGAAUAGAUAGCACAACUGCAGGUUAUGUAGACAUAGCAGAUGUUGUAGGUAAAUUAGUACAUCCUGAAGGUAUUGGCACAAUAGUUCAAGUUCCCUUAAGUUUCACAAAAGAAUAUUCUGAAAUAAGCACACCUUAUGAACCUGUUACUGUUCUCCCUAAAAAGACAGUUGUAUCCACAGAUAUGGCAAGUGUGGAUCGUGGUGUAAUUUCUUUGCCUGAAAAUGCACCUUCUGUCGUCACAACUAUGGCUAUAAAACCCAAGCAAUAUACUUCUGACUCCACUACCUUUGAUUCACCCAAACCAGAAAAAGACACAGCCAGAAAAAUUAAAAGUACAGCUGAUGCUGGUAUUGCUAAAGUACUUUCUGAGGAUGUACACAAAGGAGCUGAGUUUGACAUGACAAGGAUUAACUUGGCUGAGGCAGCAUCUGACCUACCUCUUGAGUGUGUAACAUCAGAGCCAGCCCCAGUCACAUCCUCUGUAUCUACUACCCAUGUUACAACUAAGACCAGCACUGUAUCUGCAUUACCAUCUAUUGCUUCUUCAGUUCCUACUGUAACAUCCAAAGUAUUCUCAUUUUUUAGAAGCUCUCCUUUGGAUUCUUCAACCCAACCAUCUCCACCACCUCCACCCCCUCCUCCUCCACCUCCACCACCUCCACCUCCCCUACCAUUACCCCCACCUACUCCACCAAAGCCAGCUAUUUAUCCCAAAAAGAAGCCACAGGUUAAGACUCCAGUGACAACAACUCCUGCAGUGGCACCUUCAUUUACUAGUGUUGUAGCCAUAGAGGCCACAGAGGUGUUAAAGAACAACAUGGCAUCUGCCCAAAAAAUAUACACCCCGACACCACCUCCUGUGCCACCCAAGCCAUCCUUAAUUCCAGCGGGGCUUGUGUUCAGUCACAGGCCCGUUGAGGUAACUAAGCCUCCAAUUGCUCCUAAGCCAGCAGUUCCUCAGCUCCCAACAGCUGCUCAUCAGCCAGCAGAGAAACAGCCAAAACCAACAGGUCAGUCAAAACCAACAGGUUUGUCAUUGAAAAGUAUGACUUUGAAUUUGGUCUCUUCAGCAGAGUGCAAGUUGACAUCCCCUACGUCCCCUUUGUCUCCACACUCUAAUAAAUCUUCACCAAGGCUGACCAAACCCUCGCAGGAAACCUAUGUUGUUAUCACAUUACCAUCUGAACCUGGAACUCCCACAGAGUCUAUAACUAGUCAAGCUAUUACCAGUUGGCCUUUCGGGUCAUCCUCUAAGGAACAGCUUCCCCAAAAUGUGCAGCCUCUGUUUACUCCAUCUAUGAAAGCCAUGGAGAUUCAAAGUAUGGGAGAUCACAGCAUGUAUGUUUCAGGUGCUUUGCAAACGCUUGCCACUGUUCCUGUCACAGCACAAUCAACUUUUGAAACAGUCCCUAGUUCGGUAACACAGUUAAUAACAACAGAGGUGACCAAGACCACAGUGUCUGUGGUUAAAAGCUCAGUUCCCACUGUUGGUUUAGGUAAUGUCUCCAUUACUAUACCUCCAGAGCCAACACAAAUAGGUGAGCAACCCCGGUGUAGAGAGAAGGGAAGAUUCCAUCUGUUUGGUGAUGUUAUUGACCUUCGUACUUUAACUAAAAUGGAUAAAAUGGAUAUUGAAAUGACAGACAGCUGUAUGGAUCUGUCUGCUGUUCCCAUGGAUGUGAGAAGACAAACUAUGGCAAGCGAUAUAUGUGGGCGGCCAGUAAGUGCAGUCCAACCAGCUAUCAUAAAUCUUAGCACUGUGUCAGCUGCAGAACCCUCUCUAGCACUAGUCUCAGAAACAGUAACAAUAAUGACCUGCACAGCUACUGUAAGUUACACAUCAAGUACAGAGAGCCUUGUAGAUCUGGGGCAUGCAAUGACAACACCACUGCAGCUGACAACAUCAAAACAUUUUGAGCCUGCAUACAGAGUAAUAGGCAGCCAGGCAUUCUCUGCAGGUAGAGAUGAAGUGCCAAUAAACUUAUCCCUGGGUACUUCAACACAUGCAGUGUCAUGGGCUACUGCAAUGCCUGUUACUGUACCUCCUGUUGGUAUGACAAAUGGUUGGACUGAUGUCUCCACAUCCCAGGAGCUAAUAGAGAGUGGAGCAGUUGACCUUAGCACCACAAAAUCCCACAGAACAGUGGUGACAGUGGAUGAAGUUAGUUCAGGAGUUGUCACCAGUGUAAUAGAAGAAGAUGAAAAGCCUGUUGAUCUGACUUCAAGGGGAAGAGCUGUUUGUUGUGAUGUGGUUUAUAAAUUACCAUUUGGCAGUAGCUGUACAGCACAGCAGCCUCCAACCACACUGCCUGAAGAUCGGUUUGGUUACAGAGAUGACCAUUAUCAGUAUGAUCGCUCAGGGCCAUAUGGGUACAGAGGAUUUGGAGGUAUGAAACCAUCCAUGUCUGACACUAAUUUAUCAGAAGCUGGUCUUUUUGUGUACAAAAGCAAGAAUAGCUUUGAUUAUCGAGUUGGGGCAACAGAUGCAGCAGUAGAUCUAACUUCUGGAAGAGUCACUACAGGUGAGGUAAUGGAUUACUCAAGCAAGACCACUGGUCCUUAUCCAGAGACUCGGCAGGUGAUUUCAGGCAUCGGAAUUAGUGCACCACAGUAUUCCCAAGCAAGAAUAGUACCAUCUCUGGGAUCCCAGUAUGGUGUUGGAAGUGUGUUAAGAUCCUCUAAUGGUGUCGUUUAUUCCUCGGUUGCAACUCCGAUCCCAGCCACAUUUGCCAUAACUACACAGCCUGGUUCUAUUUUCAGUACAACUGUCAGAGAUUUAUCUGCUGUCCAAACAAUUGACUCAGUGUCCUCAUUAUCAACCUUGCAACAGAAUCAGCCACUUCCAAGAUCAUACAGUUUCUUGACAACAGUGGCAGCUGAAAAAGACAAUGCAGUUACUGGCAUUGAUAUUGACACAGGGUUGCAACCUGGCACUAUAGAAACUAUUACCACUGAGCCAACUAACCUGAUGCCUGCUUUAACUAUAGCUUCUGAAGCUUUUACAGAUGUACUUGAAGAUGAAGUUGCACUUCUCAUUGCCCCUGAAGAAGACAAACAGCAGCAGCUUGAAUUGCAGCGUGAACUGCUUGAGCUUGAGAAACUUAAGCAGCAGCGCUUUGCAGAGGAACUAGAGUGGGAACGUCAGGAAAUCCAAAGGUUUAGAGAACAAGAAAAGUUAAUGGUCCAAAAAAAACUUGAGGAGUUGCAAUCCAUGAAACACCAUCUCUUAUUUCAGCAAGAAGAGGAGCGACAAGCUCAAUUCAUGAUGAGGCAGGAAACCUUAGCCCAGCAGCAAUUACAGCUUGAACAAUUUCAACAACUUCAACAGCAGCUUCAUCAGCAGCUGGAAGAGCAAAAAAUUCGCCAGAUAUAUCAGUAUAAUUAUGACCCUUCUGGAACUGUCUCUCCACAAACAAGCACAGACCAAGCCCUUCUGGAAGGGCACUAUGCUGCUACAGAAAAUGGCCAGUUUUGGACUAGCGAUGACCCAGCCACCACAGCUUCCACUGUGCUGGGCAUUGAAAUUCCACAAAGCCAAACAUGGUACACAGUUCAGUCAGAUGGUAUUACCCAAUAUAUAUCUAGGCCUGGUAUGCUAAGCUCUGUUUCAGAAAUGUCUCUUAAGGACAUGGAUAUGAGAGAGGAGAAACAACUGAAAAAGAGGAGCUCCAUGCCAAAAUUGCGUGGUCAGUAUGACAAGCUUGAUGAGACUCUGGAAAAAGAGCCCAGUUGUUUUAAAAAAAUAGUGGACAGUGGAGUACAAACCGAUGAUGAAGAUGGUGCAGACAGAAGUUACACAAACAGGAGAAGGAGAACUAAGAAGAGCGUUGACACAAGUGUUCAGACAGAUGAUGAAGAUCAAGAUGAAUGGGAUCUUUCUAACAGAUCAAGAAGAAAGUCUCGUGUUGGGAAAUAUAACGAGGGUACCACUGAGGUAGACAAGGCUAAGCCAUUUUCCAAAGUGUCUAGCAUUGCAGUUCAGACAGUGGCAGAGAUCUCUGUACAGACAGAACCUGUAGGGACGAUAAGAACACCUUCAAUAAGGGCCAGGCUGGAUGCUAAAGUUGAAAUCAUUAAACAUAUUUCAGCUCCAGAGAAGACAUACAAAGGAGAAAGUUUGGGAUGUCAAACAGAAACAGACUCAGAUACACAGAGUCCCCAGUACUUGACAGCCACGUCUCCACAGAAAGAUAAAAAGCGUCCAACACCAUUAGAAAUAGGCUAUUCAUCCCAUCUUCGUGCAGAUUCCACACUACAGGUAGUCCCUUCCCCUCCUAAAUCUCCCAAAGUUCUAUAUUCACCCAUUUCACCUGUUUCACCGAGCAAAGUUAUAGAAUCUGCCUUUGUACCCUAUGAAAAAUCCAUCACUGAUGACAUCAGCCCUCAGAAAAUGCUACAUGCUGAUAUUGCCAAGGGUCCUCCACUGAGCCCAAAAUCUGCAAAGAUGAUGCAGCGCUCUAUGUCGGAUCCUAAGCCCUUGAGUCCAACAGCAGAAGACACUUCCAGAUCUCAGUUUCAGUACACUGAGGGAUUUGUGGCUAAAGGUUCUUCAGGUAUAACAUCGGGCACCCAGAAGAAAGUAAAGAGGACUCUACCCAACCCACCUCCAGAAGAUGCUACCACAGGGACCCAGUCAGCAUUCACUACUGUGGGGUCAGUUUCACGCAGAAGGAUCUGUAGAACCAACACCAUGGCCAGGGCUAAAAUUCUCCAGGAUAUAGACAGGGAAUUGGAUCUGGUCGAACGAGAGUCAGCCAAGCUUAGGAAGAAGCAAGCAGAGCUAGAUGAGGAAGAAAAAGAAAUAGAUGCCAAACUGCGGUACUUGGAAAUGGGCAUCAAUAGGCGGAAAGAAGCCUUAUUAAAGGAAAGAGAAAAGAGAGAGCGUGCCUAUCUCCAAGGAGUAGCAGAAGAACGUGAUUACAUGUCAGACAGUGAAGUUAAUAAUACCAGGCCUACUAGAAUGGAAGCCCAGCAUGGCUUGGAAAGACCACGAACUGCACCACAGACAGAAUUUGAUCAAUUCAUGCCACCGCAGACCCAGCCAGAAACUCAGUUUGCUCCCCCUACAAGCCCUUAUACACAAUAUCAAUAUUCUUCUCCUGCUCUCCCUACCCAAGCACCAACUCAGUACACACAGUCACAUUACCAACAGCAGCAGACUUUAUAUCAUCAACAGGUUUCACCCUAUCAAACCCAGUCAGCCUUCCAGCCUGUGGCAACCAUGUCCUUUACUCCCCAAGCUCAGCCUCCACCAACCCAACAGUCAUCAUAUCAGCUCCCAUCACAAAUGAUGGUGAUACAGCAAAAGCCAAGGCAAACUACACUGUAUUUGGAGCCUAAGAUAACAUCAAACUAUGAUGUGAUUCGUAAUCAGCCUCUCAUGAUAGCACCUGUUUCCACUGAUACUACUUAUGCGGUUUCCCAUCUUGGCAGCAAAUACAAUACCUUGGAUUUAAGGAUAGGGCUGGAUGAGAGAAGCAGCAUGGCGAGCAGCCCCAUAUCAAGCAUAUCUGCAGAUUCAUUCUAUGCAGACAUAGACCAUCAUCACACACCACGAAACUAUGUGCUGCUGGAUGAUAUAGGAGAGCUUACAAAGGGAACGGCAGCACUGAGCUCUGCUUUUAGCCUCCACGAGAAGGAUCUGACAAAAACCGAUCGGCUUCUUCGAACCACCGAAGCCCGGCGAGCACAGGAAGUGACGGACUUCCUAGCACCACUGCAAACUUCUUCUAGAUUGCAUACUUACGUGAAAGCAGAUGAAGAUCCAAUGGAAGAUCCUUAUGAGCUAAAGCUUCUGAAACAUCAGAUCAAGCAGGAGUUCCGCAGAGGUGCAGAAAGUCUCGAUCACCUUGCUGGCCUUUCUCAGUAUUACCAUGCAGAUACCAGCUACAGGCAUUUCCCCAAAUCUGAGAAAUACAGCAUCAGCAGGCUCACACUUGAGAAACAAGCGGCCAAGCAGCUCCCAGCAGCCCUCCUCUACCAAAAGCAGUCAAAGCACAAGAAGGCUUUGAUAGACCCCAAACUGUCAAAGUUUUCACCUAUCCAGGAAAGUCGAGACCUUGAGCCUGAUUAUUCAAGCUAUAUGACUUCUAGUACUUCAUCACUUGGGGGCAUCACCUCCAGGGCAAGGCUUCUUCAGGAUGACAUCACUUUUGGCCUCCGAAAAAAUAUCACGGACCAACAGAAAUUUAUGGGGCCAACACUGACAUCAUCCCUUGGAGCCAGCCUUGGGACCACACUAGGUCCAACAAUGAGAUCCACAUUACAAGAUGAAGUUGACAAGUCCUAUAGUAGUGGCAGUAGAUCCAGGCCCUCAUCUAGACCCUCUUCAGUCUAUGGACUUGAUUUAUCAUUAAAAAGAGAUUCCUCUAGCUCUUCUUUAAGACUGAAAGCCCAGGAGUCUGAACCAUUAGAUAUUUCUUUUAGUCAUGCAGCUCCCUCUGGAAGAACUAAACCUACAAGUCUACCUAUUAGCCAAAGCAGGGGAAGAAUCCCAAUAGUAGCACAGAACUCAGAGGAAGAGAGCCCUUUAAGUCCUGUUGGUCAGCCAAUGGGAAUGGCAAGAGCUGCAGCUGGACCCUUGCCACCAAUAUCUGCAGAUACCCGGGAGCAGUUUGGAUCAAGCCAUUCACUACCUGAGGUCCAGCAACAUAUGAGGGAAGAAUCACGGACUCGCGGGUAUGACCGGGAUAUAGCCUUCAUCAUGGAUGACUUCCAGCAUGCCAUGUCAGACAGUGAAGCCUAUCACCUCCGCCGUGAAGAGACAGAUUGGUUUGACAAGCCCAGGGAGUCUCGUCUGGAGAAUGGACAUGGCUUUGACAGAAAACUGCAAGAGAAGUUAUCCCACUCCAGACCACCAAGUCAACAUCAAGAUCAAAUAAAUGGGAAGCCUCUUCAGUACAUUUUCCCUCAUGCAAGACUCAAACUACUGAGAGACCCAAAGGAUCACACUGUAUCAGGCAAUGGACUGGGAAUCCGAGUUGUAGGUGGGAAAGAAAUUCCAGGGAACAAUGGAGAAAUUGGAGCCUACAUUGCCAAGAUCCUCCCCGGGGGCAGUGCAGAACAGACAGGGAAGCUGAUGGAAGGAAUGCAGGUAUUGGAAUGGAAUGGCAUCCCCUUGACUGCAAGAACUUAUGAAGAAGUCCAGAGUAUCAUUAGUCAACAGAGUGGGGAAGCAGAAAUAUGUGUAAGACUGGACCUCAACAUGCUCUCAGAUUCUGAGAAUCCCCAGCAUUUGGAACUGCAUGACCCAGUAAAGGCUGUAGACAAGGCGAAGUCCCCAGGGGUCGAUCCUAAGCAGCUGGCUGCGGAGCUCCAAAAGGUUUCCCUACAGCAGUCCCCUUUGGUUGCUUCCUCAGCAGUGGAGAAGGGAUCUCAUGUCCAUUCUGGCACUCCCUCUGCCAGCUCCAGUGCUGUUCCCAGUCCCGGCCAGCCUGGUUCACCCUCAGUGAGCAAAAAACGACACAGCAGCAAGCCCACUGAAGCCACAAAGUCCACAUCCCAUCCCAUCACUGGAGAAAUUCAGCUUCAAAUCAACUAUGACAAGCAUCUUGGCAAUCUUAUCAUCCACAUUCUUCAAGCAAGAAACCUUGCUCCACGAGACAACAAUGGCUAUUCUGACCCUUUCGUUAAAGUCUAUCUACUUCCAGGGAGAGGACAAGUCAUGGUUGUCCAGAAUGCAAGUGCUGAGUACAAGCGGAGGACUAAAUACGUGCAGAAAAGCUUGAAUCCCGAGUGGAAUCAGACGGUCAUUUAUAAAAAUAUCUCCAUGGAGCAGCUGAAGAAGAAAACACUGGAAGUGACUGUCUGGGAUUAUGAUAGAUUCUCCUCCAAUGACUUUCUGGGUGAAAUAUUGAUUGAGCUAUCCAGCACCUCUCAGCUUGACAACACCCCAAGGUGGUAUCCUCUGAAGGAGCAGACUGAAAGUAUUGACCAUGGGAAAUCUCAUUCUGGGCAGAGCAGCCAGCAAUCACCAAAGCCAUCUGUCAUCAAGAGCAGAAGUCACGGAAUCUUCCCUGACCCAUCCAAGGACAUGCAGAUGCCCACCAUUGAGAAAUCUCACAGCAGUCCCGGGAGCUCUAAAUCUUCUUCCGAAGGACAUCUGCGCUCUCAUGGACCAUCCCGCAGCCAAAGCAAAACCAGCGUCACUCAAACCCACCUUGAAGACGCUGGGGCAGCCAUCGCUGCUGCUGAAGCAGCUGUCCAACAGCUUCGCCUUCAACCAACAGCACAUAAAAGCGGUCAGUCUAAUCAUGCCAGGAAGCAGCACAGACACAGCAUAGCAGGAGUCCUCCCAAUUCAAAGAACUCAGUCUGACAAUCUGCCUCCACCAGCCAAUGACAACAAAGACCAAAGCCAACUAGCCCUCAGAAAAGUGAUGUCUGAUGGACCAGUCAAGCCCGAAGGAGCAAGGCCUACCAACCACCGACCUACAGAAAGCUCUGUCUCCACUGGCUCGUCAGCCAGUAGUUUUGGCAGCGGAUAUAGCAUGGAUAGCGAAGGAAGCAGCAGCACCACAGGGGAGAACAAUCUGUUUCCUAUUCCAAGAAUAGGGAAGAUGAGCCAGAAUGGACAAGAAUCAGUAAAGCAGUCAGGAGUGGGAUUAACCGAUGCAGAAGGUAAAACCCAGGUGAUGGGUGAAAUCAAGAUUGCAUUGAAGAAGGAAAUGAAGACUGAUGGAGAACAGCUAAUAGUUGAAAUCCUUCAAUGCAGAAAUAUCACCUACAAGUUUAAAUCUCCAGAUCACUUACCAGAUCUGUAUGUGAAGCUGUAUGUUGUCAAUAUCGCUACCCAAAAGAGAGUAAUUAAGAAGAAAACCAGAGUGUGCAGGCAUGACCGAGAGCCUUCAUUUAAUGAGACGUUUAGAUGUAGUUUGAGUCCUGCUGGGCAUUCUCUUCAGAUUCUGCUUGUCUCCAAUGGAGGGAAGUUUAUGAAAAAGACACUGAUUGGUGAAGCUUAUAUCUGGCUUGACAAAGUGGAUCUAAGGAAAAGAAUAGUAAACUGGCACAAACUGAUGGUCAGCUCCACACAAACACAUUGA